CUCAAGGUCACGUCAAAUUCCGUGCAUUUAACCACUUCCAGUUCAAUCAUACGACAACCGGAAUGUAUUGAAACGUUAAAUCAACAAUAAAAGAAAGCAUUUCACAAAAUGGCACAUUGCUUACGACACAUUACGAGCAAAUUUAUAUCAAUAACGUCAAUUAUCACUCCACGAAACCAUGUCAUCAAGUACGAAAAACCUAACCUCUAUUCCAAGGAUAUUUGCCUCGAACAGUAUUCUACCCACGCCAAAUUCAACGAAUCUGAAGAAUUUGUACCGAAGUCUUUGUUUGUGAAAGUUACAGAUAACCGAGAAUGCUCUAGUGAUAUUGUUACGAAAGAAAAUGUGUUUCAUAUAGAAGAUGUUGACACGAUUAGGAAACACUUAAUUAGCUCUCACUUAAAAUUCAGUACAGUUAGGCCUACUUCACAAGACCAUGAACUAUUAUUUUGUGACCCAACAGAACCGAACAAACCUAGUCCUGAUAAACUCAGCCACGUGUAUGAUGUUCUCAUGAAUAAUUUACCCAAUUUUUUCACUAAGACCAUGGAUUAUAGCAUAUAUCAUCCAGAGCUGGUUUUUGAAAAUAAUAUCAGGGGCACGACGACAGUGGGGUUGUAUCACUACGUGAAACAGCUAGCUUUGCUCAGAACCGUAGCGCACUUAAAAUAUGCAUAUGUAAAUUUUGAAGUGCUAAAAAUUACAAAGCAUCCUGAAGACUCCACGAUCAAAGUGAGGUGGCGCAUCAGGGGCAUAUCCGCGUUGAAGGUGAUGGUAACGUUUUGGAAGUACAAGCUCUGGAAUUUUCGGGAAAUUUUUGAUAAAACUGAAGCUUGGUACGACGGCUUUUCCACGUUUCACGUGAAUACGAAAGGAGAGGUUUAUAAACAUGUAGCUGAUAAGAUGAUGCCGGAUUCCGAUCGAGCACCCGCAAAAGUACCAGUUACUCCUCUAGAUACAGCAAAGUUGGCGUUGAUCACUGGUUUAAUACCGAAAUUUACUGAUAUAUAUUCCAUUACCUAACUUGAUGUUUAGGUUAGAUAUUUAUUUAUAAUUUAAGUAUUAUUCUGUUGUGAAGCAGUCCUUAUCAAAUUUAUAUUUAAACCAUAAUUUCGCUUUUGUAGAACGUUGUGUUAAUAAAAAAUUAAAUUCGAAUAAA